AUGUCCGUCUACGCGACCUCAAACCAGGGCUCCAUGACCCGGAACUCCAUCAAGCAGGAGUCCAGCGUCGUAAACACUGACGAACUUAACGUCAGCGACGCUUCAAGGUCGUCGUCUAUCAGCUUGGACGCGUUGACAAUGGUCGCCUCCAACGACGGACAUAUGUCUUACCGCGUCGUGCGUGUCAUUGACACAGCCAGACGUAUCCAGAAGAAGCUCGUUCGCGAGGUCGAUGAAGUCACUCACAAUCACUUCCAGACCAUUGAUCUCAACGCUUACCUGGCAUACAUCUCCGAUGAGCGCCUGACACACAUGCCACCCAGGGGCAGCCAGUGGGAUCGCGUGCUGAAGUCGGCCGAGUUCUUUGGUCUUCAGCUUGACGAAUACUCGCGCCACAUUCAGUCCUUCAUCGAGGGUUGCUCGCUUGUGCGCGACACAGCGUUGGCUACUUGCUACCUGUUGCUUAAGCUCGGACACGAUCAGGCACAGGCACUGGAGCCAACCUUCAACGCUCUGAAUGAGCUUGGCUUAUUGCUGAGUCACGCCAUCAGACUCAACGGCAUGUUCGCUGCGAGUGAUGCAAUUCGCUACGAGCUGAGUCGCAUCUUCGAUAGCAUGCUCAAGCUUGUCGGCGACGUUGCCAUCUACUACCGCUCCCGGAUCAACAGCAUCUAUAGCGGCUCGGUGACGAUUGACUUUGACGCUCAAUUCGGCUCGCAGAUUACCAGGAUUCUGAAACAGCGAGAGAGCCUCUUCAAUCACAUGUGGCAGUACAGGCUCGGUUCCAAGAACCGCCGGCUAGACAUCACCACGCUUCGUCGUCACCUCCUUCCCACACAGGAAUCGGUCAAGUCUCAUGUGUAUGGACGUGUCGCCGAUCGCAAGCUGCGUGUUGAUGGGACAUGCAAGUGGCUUUCGCACGACUUGCAUGACUUCCUCAGCAGUGAUGACAAGAUCUUCACCGUUACUGGUGGAGAGGGUUGUGGCAAAAGUAUGCUUGCCGCAUGGGUGCGGGAGGAGCUACAAAGCCCGAUCAAUCGUGUCCAGUAUGAGACUAUCUCCCACACAUUUUCGACCGACAUUCCCUCCGAAACAACUCCCAUUGCCUUCCUUAAGAGCCUCUUGUCCCAGCUCCUAGAGAUUAACGUUGGUGACGUCGCUCUCUUUGAGAGGCUCGAAGCCAUAUUCGACCAUCUGUCCCCGUAUCACAAUAGCGCAAAGCUGGAGAAGGACCUAUGGGAGGCCCUUGACUCGAGCUUAGCUUCAAUCAACAGCAAGAAGGUCAAUCUUAGCAUCAUCAUCGACGGUCUCGAUGAGGUCUCGGGAGGCGCCACCAAGGCGGGAGAACUUCACAAGCGUCUCCACACUAGCAUUGGGAAGCUUCCUAGGACCCAAGCAGUAACAUUCUCACGGCCAAUCUCUCACCUUGGCGGCAGCGGCUGCAAGCACGUGGUUGUCACACCCGACCACGUUCGGGACGACAUUGAGCUUUACCUCGCCAACAGACUUGGGCGAAGCUGCUGUUUUGUGGCACAGAGCGAACAGGCGAGAAGAGACUUGAUCUGCCAGGUUGCGGAACAGGCAAAGGGUUCGUUCCUGUUUGCCUACCUCGCCAGAAGACUUUUCUUCGCAGUCUCAGACUUUGGAGUCUUCAGAAGUGUCAUCGCUGGCUGCAGAUCCGACGUUAAGGCCGUCAUCGGAGAGCUGAUGAAGAAGGUCAACCUCAAGGAAGAGUACGGCGAGAGCAAGACAUACAACCUCUUCACCUUCAUGGUCACCGCCCAGCGUCCGCUGACACUCGGUGAGAUGACCGACCUUCUCGGAGUCUCAUUAUCGACUCGCACCGUUUCCCCCGGUGCUGAUGUCAUGGGCCCUGUCCGCAACACUCAGGGUCUUGUAGUGGUUCGCCACGGCACCCUGCGCUUCAAGCACUCCACCAUCAGGAAGUACGUUCAGAGCCUUUGCGGCUCGACUCUUAUGUCUCUUCACGACUCCCAUCGCCACCUUACCAUGGCUCUUCUUCUCUUUGCCAAGACGAAGUUUAUUAGUCAUACUUGUGAGCCGUCAAUGGAGCCGGUCGCCGAGGAGACCUUCCAUGAGUGCUUCCAAGCGCACCACAUCGUCAGCUAUAUGGUCCGCCACUGGGUUGCCCAUUUCCGUUCAUCAUCCCUAAGCGGCCAGAACGGCACCAUUACCCUGACUUCCGAGUUCAAGGAUGUUUUCCCCGACUCAAUAUUUUUUACCAUGCUGGAGUGGCACUACUGGCAGACACAGUACGCCAUCAAGGAGACUAUUGAGAUGCACAGCUUGAGUCUCCGCAUUCGGUCCACUUGCUUCGGCGAGAAGAACCGAUCAUACCUUCAAAGUCUCAUCAUCCUCGGAAGCCUUCACCGGAGUCAGUCUGAGCAUGCUUUCGCGGCCGAGUUCUUUUACAAGGCAUCUCAUCUUGGGCAGACCAUCCUCUACAAAUUCAGCCCGCUCGUGGUCUCAUGCACGAACCUGUUUCUCACAUGCACCGAGACUCUCACUUUCACCAAGAGAACUCAGACGGUCACUCACCGUGAGGAGAUGAUCAAGUUCAUGAUUGAGAUCUCCAAGAGCAAGCAGGGAGGCCGUAGUGAUGCCGUCAUCAAGUGGUAUGAGGCUCUUGCCAAGCUCUACAUCGACAUUAAAGAAGAGGAGCUUGCGAUGUCCAUCUACAGCGAGCUUCACAUUAUCAUUACCGCCCGUUUUGGAAAGGGUUCUAAGAAGGAGGGAUCAAUUGCCGAAGCCAUCUCCGGCAUGACCGUUGUUAUAAAUGCUAGCGGCAAGAAGGCUCACAACCAUGGACAGUGGCACUCGCUCUUGUUCGACACUGCGGACGACUUGUCGUUCACCGAUGUUCGUCGCAUCAAGAUUCUCAUCAGCCUUGCUCUUGAGUACGAGUCCAAGGGCCAUGUGAUUCAAGCCGAAAGGCUGUACAUCAGUCUCUGGCGGGGUAUCCUCGAGGUCUGCCGCACCACCAAGGUGACCACGGAGCUUCACAUUCAGAAGAUCAACAUUGCCAUUGAGUACAUCCACUUCCUCAAGCGCGUCAAGCGAACAGAGGAGGCCUGCAACAUCAUGAUAUGCGUUUGGACCGAGUACGAGAACCAGUCUUUCGAGUCUGAGAUCAUCAUGAUCCGCCUCAGAGAACUUGGUGUUCUUGCGAAGUCUUUCGGCAUCCUCAACGUGUCCAUUUCCAUUCUCAAGAAGGUUUGGGGAUGGUUCAAGGAAAGAAAGACUGUCGAGAGCGAAGAGGCUCAAUCUACUACGACAAUAAUCACGGAGGUUGUCGAGGAGAUCACCGAGACUUACGUCGAGACCAAGACCACGACGACCGUCAUUGAGACCGUCACUAGAGAGAUUUGGGAGACCAAUUACCAGCGCUGCCGGGGUCGUAAGGCCGACAAGAACUUCUUCAAGUCUUGCUUAGCUAUGGUCAACCUUUACCUCAAGCUUGAGAACUGGGCUGAAGCCGAGGUCGUGAUUCGUCAGUCUCUUGAAAUCACUUGGAAGGGCAUCUUGUCAGUCGAUUCCAAGUUGACCAUCGAGGGCGAGUUCAUCUCGGAGCGCAUUCUUAUUGCGCAGCGACUUGCUCUGUGCUAUCAUCGCCAGAGACAGUUCGAGAAGGCGGAUGCGAUUUACCUCCGCAUCUACAACGCCUGUUUCGCGACUCUCAAGGCCGACAACGUGUUGAUCUUUGAGGCAGCUGAGGCCCUGGUUCAGUUCUACGAAGACUUCCACCGCCACGAAAAGGUCAUUGAUAUCUACGUCAAGCUCCUGCAACACUACCGCAGACAUCUUUCUUCUGGCCACAGCCUACAGGUCAGCAUUCUCUACAAGCUUGCUGCCGUCUACCACAAGCUUGGCCGCAGGGAGGCUUACGAUUGCUACGGCGAAAUUGUCACCAUCUUCUCCAAGGACGGGUGCUGCCACGGAAGUGCACUGGAUGCAGCCAUCAUUGUCCUCAACCACUACCACGCUGAAAAGCGUUGGGCCGAGCUGCAGAAGAUUUGUGUCACCCUCUGGACCACCUUUGUCCAUCACAAUCGUGAGAUCAAGUUCACCCAGGAGAUUGUCGAGCUCAUUUACGAGCGGUACCGCUACGUCCUGGAGUUCCACGCCAAGGUCGAGUUCUCGGUCCGCUACAAGCUCACGAUUGAGUAUCGCGAGACCGCGACUAAGGUCUUUGGCGCCACUGCUGCCAUCGUCAUCAAGGCUUUGAUCGCUCAGGCCCAGCUGUGCGAGAGCUCCGAGGAGCACUACCACGAGUCCAUUACCAUUUAUGAGGAGGUCAUUAAGAAGACUACGACCACCAAUGUUGUCUCAGAGACCACGGUCAGGACGAUCAAGAAGCGUCUGUCGAAGCUUUACGUGACCGUUAUCACAACAAACAAGGUGACAACUACCAGCACAAUUGACCGUGCGAUCGGAGUCAGUCUUGAGAUCUACGCACAGCUCAAGAUUGAGUUCGGUUGGUGGCAUGAGAAGACGCUUUCCAAACUUAAGGAAGUUGUCUUGUUGUCCAAGAAGAUUGAUUCCAAGGAAGCCCACUCAUCAAUUGCCCAGCUCCUACAGGUCUCUAUUAUUGAGAUCAUCACUACCGUUAAGAUAUCUAUGAAUCUUCAUGCGGCAGCCAAGACUCUGGCUUCCAUCUACCUGUCUGCCGGCAUGGUUCACUAUGGCCAAGAUCUUCUCCGACAACUGCGAUACCUGCUUCUUUUCCCUGGGUUCGAAGGCGGAGAAAAGGACGUCAACAUCAAGAUCUCAGGCCAAUCGAGCAAGGUGUACCUUGUAUUCUUGAUUUCCUUCGAGCAGGCUCUCAACGGAGAUGCCAAGAUACGAUACAGCUUCUCUGAGCUGAUGGCAGAUGUGCUCCUGGAGACGGUUCUCUACGAACAGUACAUGUCUAUCAUGGUCACCUUCACCGACUCCACGAGAAUCGAGACAAUCAUUGAGCCGGCAGCUCGCCUUCGCUUUAUUUGGCAAUCCCGCGGUCGCGGUGGGUUCGUAGACGUCCUUGACAAGAAGCUCUUUGCCUUGUUCACAUCCCGUUACUUCAAGCCGACAAACUCUCCAGACGAGAAAAACGCCAGAUUCGCCUUCUACGUCGCGCUCCUCAACGAAAUUGGUGGCGGCAUUGCGGAUAGAGGCACCGUCGACUUUGGUCUCGUGUCCUGCAAGGCCGCAUACACUUCUGUCAGAAGACUCAUGGUCGAGGAGAAGAACUUUGCCAGAGCUCAGGAUGUCGCACAAUGUGCAUUUGACUUUGCACAAUCUCAACGGUUCUAUCACCAGCGCAACUGCCACGUUUGGGGGUUCCGUCUCGCCGAAGUCCUGGCUGGCAUUCGCGUAGAUACGUGGAAGUCUGCCGGUCAACAACAAAAGGAUGGACUGCUUGCCACGAGCCGAAAUGUCCUGCAACAUGUCCUGGCAAUUCUGAGGGACGACAAGGUCGAGUUUACUAGCCUUCGAUUUGAGGACAUCUCCGGUCUCGUACGUCUACUUGGCGAGCAGAAGAACUGGGCAGAACUAGAGAGCCUUCUUACCUCGCUUUGGCGAUCCAGAGAGGUCCAGCGCAACUGCGGCGUAUGGUCUCCCGAUAUUGUUCUCACGAUCGGCUCCCUCUUGGUCAACGCGCACGAACUUGCGGGUCAUCUAGACCAAGCCAUCAUCCUUUGCGAAACAAUCUACUACAAUGUUCGCCAGUCCCGUGGUGGCUUGGAUUCUUCCGCAUUCUACUUCUCGAACCGCCUAGCCUACCUCCUUCGCCACGCCAAGCGUCUUCGCGAUGCUGGGCGCGUGCAUCUGGAUGUUGUAUGUGACCUCGACGAGCACCUGUCCGCAAGCCAUGGCGCGGAUAAGGAUGAGCGUCUCCGUGCCGCGGCCGACAUGCAUCUCGAUGGCAUGCGACGAUGUGGCUGGGCCACCCGCGGUGACGUGAGAAACACGAGUGAGAUCCUCGAGAGAAUGAGAGGAUACGGUAAGCUCAACGUGCCUUCCAUUGAGAAUUGGUCGGCAGCGGAUGAAAAGAAGGAGACGAGCCUUGUGUGGCCCGAGGCGAUCAAGUGGGAUCUCGGCAAGCCUGAGACUGAGGUGCAGGCGUCGAAGACGAGAGACCUGUUGUCUCCGGCUAAGGAGAGAUGGGGACGCCUGGGAUUUAGGCGGCUCGGGUCCGAGGUUGCACACUGA